AUGAGUGAAGAAGCAUCUUCUGACAAUAACAAAUCACGCUCUGAUCCCACUCAAGAACAAGAAGUAAAACAAGAAAAUGUACAGCAGCCAAUUAAGGAAAAUGAAAACGAAAAUAAAACAACGGCACCAAUAGAAGAAAAUAAAAAUAAUGAAGAAAAUAAAAUCAAUGAAGAAAAAACAUCAACAAAAACGGAAGAACAGUCAACUGAUGAUAAACAAGAAAAUGUCCAAAUAACGAAAGAAAAGCCAGAACUAAUUUUGAAUGAAAAAGAAGAAAAUGAAUUUGAUGACCAUAAAAAAGAAGAAAAAGACCAUCAAAACCCAACGCAAACGGAAACACUAUCCCCAGCUCCGGUGAAAAAAUUCAAUUUUAUUCAAGAUAUUCGUUAUUCAUGCGAAAACAUUGAACGUGAUAAAGUAAUUGAAAAAUUUAGUAAAUACGAAUUCUCUAGUGUAUAUGCUUGCAGUAUAAGAUUUUUAAUUUUUACACCUCAACAAAAAAAAUUAUUUGGUUAUAGACAUCAAGAUAUCAAUGGAUCAUUCACCGAAUUAGGAAACAACUUCGGUGUCAAAAUUUAUCCUGGUUAUCAAUCGUUCCACAAACAAUCGUAUAAAAUAUUUGGCACUGAAACAAAUGUUCAGAAAUGUCUACAAGACAUUCUCUCAAAAUUAUUUGUCAACGAUCGACAAUAUCAGCGUGAAAAUCGCUACAAUGAAUUGGAUCGAUCACGAACUACUAAUGAUGAAGAAAAACAGUUACAAUCAACAGCUCCUACUCAGUCAACAACAGUCACUAAAGAUGACAGUUUAAUAACAUCUCUAGAUGCAACAUCGCCUUCAGUCGAACCAUCUGUAAAACAGUCUCAACUCAAAUCUGAAGAAAAAACUACAGACGAUACUAAAAGUAUUCAGCAACAUGCGUUUGUAACAACCCUAAGCAGUGAUGAAAGUAUUCAAGAACAAAUAAUUGUUAGUGGUAAGGAGCAACCAGAACAACAAGUAGAGGUUGGUGAAACUAAAUCAGAGGAAAUCAAACCAACAAAUGAACAGUCACAAGAAAAAACCAGUGAAGAGAAAAUACCGAGUACUGAGAAUAUAAAUUCUACACUUACAUCUGAUGAACAAAAAGAAAAAUCGUCACAUGUCGAUAAUUCUGAAAUAAAACAAACAAUAUCUGAACGACGAGAAGAAAUACCUCAAUAUCAUCCAGUAGAAAAAAAAACAUCAAUGACUUUUACAUAUUUAUUAUUAAAAGAAGUUGUUGAUCUUUGGAAAAGAAGUUCAUAUUUCAUUGGUAUAUUGCAACAACGUUUAAAUGUUACAAUACAACGGCCUGGUCCAAAAUUUGGUGAAAGACAAUACGAAUUACAAAUUACAGGCGAUACUAUCGAUUCAAUUGCGGAUACAUGUAUUCGGAUAACAGCAUUUUUACAACAUGAAUUAGGCCAAGAACCAGAAAUAUAUAAAGAUCAUCCAAACCCAAAUGUUAAGACGCCUGCAAGCAGUGGAGAUCAACAAGAUAAAAUAAUGAGUGAAGAUGAACCACAUUUGUCGACAUCUGUAUUUCCACAACGUUUAACAAAUAAUUAUAAUCGUUAUGAACAAUCUCAUCAACAAAGGAGCGAAGUUCGUUUUCAUACUGAUCAAAAUCGAACUGGAUAUCCGUUUCAACAGCAACCACCAUUUUCUAAUUCAGUUUAUGAACAACAACCGCAACAACAAAGAAGAUUCGAUUAUAAUAAUGCACAACAACAAUUUCAUCCGUCCUCACAACAGUAUCAACACCAACAACAUUUACAUGAAUCACAACAGCAAAUAUAUCAUCCAUCACAACAGCAUCAACGAGGUUAUCAACAGCAGCAGUUCGACACAGCAAUUUUAAUUAGAACGGAGUGUGUUGCAAGAGUCAUCGGUAAAGGCGGUGUAAAUUUAAAAUAUAUUCAUAAUCGAUGUCAUUUACAUAAUAUUGAAGUUGAACCGAAAGAUCCUAGUCGUCGUAAAGAAUACAUUCGAUGUGAUUUAAGUGGUGAUCAGCAUUCAAUCACUGAUGCUAUAUUAAUGAUACGAGAUAUGUUAAAACGAGAUGGACCUGACGCUGUGAAAGAACUUCCAGAUUUUCAUCCACAUAGAUUUACUGAACAACAGUUUAACGAACAGCAACAAUAUUAUUCACUUUCACCGGAAUAUUCAACUCAACUCCCUCCUUCUCAUUUUCAAGCAUCAUCAAAUAAUCCAUUUGCUACUCCAUAUAUCAGUCAUAUUUAUCGAACAGAUCUAACAGCAAAACCACUAGAUUUUAGUAGCAAUUCUCAAACUCAACCACAGCAACAGCAAGGAUCAUCGUACACUUUUAAUAAAAAUAAUUUGAACAAAACUAAUGGACAAAUACCACAAUUUGAUUUUGUCCAUCAACCAACAUCAGGGAAAAAAGAUAAACGUCAAAGUGAAAGUUUCGAAUUUGUUGGUUUAUCAUCUACUGGCAACCAAGAUUCAUACGAACUUCAGCAUCAACAAUCAUCUUUAUCGAAUUCUUCAUCGACAUCACCUCAUCAUAAAACAAAACGUUCAUGCCCAGAAACAAAAGAGAUUCCAACCGGUACUGAUGAAGGUUACUGGAUUUCUCAAGUUCAUUUAGUGCAAUUAAACGAACAUGAUCGACAAGAAUUUCAAAACAUAUUAAAUAAAAUUGAGAAAAUAAAAAUAGAGGAGGAUAAAAUGAAAAGUAAACCACAUCAGCAACCACAUUCAUCAUCUUAUCGUUUACGUAAACAAAAUUAUCCCACACAAGUUUUUCACAGACAACGUGCUCAAACAACCAUUCCAUCGUCAAAUGGAUUUGAUUUCAAUCUAAAACAACAUAAUCAGCCGCAACACUUUGAUAUAUUAACAUCAGAGGAUAAUCAAAACAAAUCAAUACAAAAGACUGGUGACUUGGUAACUUCUUCUACCCCUUCCUCAUCUGUUGUUGAACAACUUUCGAGUAAUGUAAACACUACAUCCAACGAUGAAAAUGUUAACAAACAACAAGAACAAAAAUCGACAACAUUAAAACAAGAUGAAGGAGAAAAAGCAACUGGGGAAUAA